CAAAUCCAUCACACGUUAAGAAGAAGAGAAGAGAGAGACUAUCUCUCUCUCUCACAUCGCCGGCGCAAGGCGCAAUGGCCGCCGCUGCCGUCAUCCCGCAAGCAUUCCUUUCUAUCGCCAAAUCCAAACCCAAUCCAAACAAACCCCCCCCUCUCUUCAAACCCUUACCCACCAUCAAGCACAAGAAGCAGCAGUCCCUGCAGCUGGUGAGCUCACUGCCCAACGAAUUCGACAUCAUACCCGUGCAGAGCGAAGACAUAGUUGACCACCCGGACGGCGUCGUUUUCUCGGAGAGAGAAGCCGAUCCGUCCCCUGUGGAUCAGGUGAUUGCGGGUUUCAGUAGCGAGAGGCUGUCUUUCGAGGGCGCCGCAGGGCUCUUGUCCGCCACUUCCUGUGUCGCUGUUCCUGAAUCCGGCAAUGGGAAUAGCGAAGAGGAAAUCCAGAGGCAGAUUGACCGGGCGAUCAAUGCUAUUAUUGUGCUGGCUGCUGGCUCUUUCGCUAUAACCAAGUUGCUCACUAUUGAUCAUGAUUACUGGCAUGGAUGGACACUUUUGGAGAUACUGAGAUAUGCGCCCCAGCACAACUGGAGUGCUUACGAGGAAGCCCUUAAAACAAACCCAGUCUUGGCAAAAAUGGUAAUAAGUGGAGUGGUUUACUCUGUCGGGGAUUGGAUCGCACAAUGCUAUGAAGGGAAGCCGAUUUUUGAUUUUGAUCGUGCACGCAUGUUCCGGUCUGGUCUGCUGGGAUUUACACUGCACGGAUCACUUUCUCAUUAUUACUAUCAGUUUUGCGAGGCUUUGUUUCCUUUUCAUGACUGGUGGGUGGUUCCUGCGAAAGUUAUCUUUGAUCAGACGUUAUGGUCUGCAGUUUGGAAUAGCAUCUACUACAUACUUUUAGGCUUCUUACGUUUCGAGUCCCCUGUCACCGUGUUUAGAGAGCUGAGAGCUACAUUCUGGCCCAUGUUGACGGCGGGAUGGAAGCUUUGGCCCUUCGCUCAUCUCAUUACCUACGGUGUGAUCCCUGUUGAACAAAGGCUUCUGUGGGUUGAUUGCGUGGAGCUCAUUUGGGUCACAAUAUUGUCAACAUACUCAAAUGAGAAAUCCGAAGCUCGAAUAUCUGAUGCACCAGUUGAGGUUACUACCGCUUUGUCAUCCUCAAAUGGUCCAUCUGAGGAGUAAGCAGAAAACAUGAUGACUCUUAAUGAUGGGAGAGAGAGGUAAGGGAGUGACCCAAAUCCAUGAUCGUAGUGAGAGAAAGACUCCCUCUAUACGGAGGUUACAGAGGUACGAAGGCCCUGUGUAUAGAAAAUUGUAUGCCGUCCAACUCAUAACCAUUAAAAACGCUACUAUUGUAAUUUAGACAGUCAUCAUCGAUCACUAUGUACAUUUUUAACCAUACGUAAUGCGUUUGUGAUUUCGAUACA